AUGGUCUCUCAAGAUUCGUUUAUUACCGAUACGGUUUUAGCUGCGCACAAGAAGCCUAUCACGGACGAAGUGGCUGUUGUAGAACAUCGCGAGAUAAACAUGGAGUUGCCCAUUUUGGCAAAGGAAGUGUUUUGCCACUGA